AUGGUUACGAAGGGCACACACAGCACCCACCUGAAGCUGGAGAGCGAGCUGGAGCGCUGCCGCGCCGAGGGCCAGUGGGAGCGAGUGCCCAACCUCGUCUUUCAGCUGCAGAGCAUCCCGGUCACUGGCAGCGGCGGCCGGCGGGCCGGCGGCCGGAGCGUCACUCUUGCCAAGCAGGAUAUCGAUGACUUUGGGAAGCUCCUCCUUGCAGAGGCCAUGCUGGAGCAGUGUUUGAAGGAAAAUGUUAGUGACAUAAAAGAGUCCAUCCCUUUGGUGGAGAAGAACCAGCCCAAAAUGUUUGAGGCCAAAAAGUAUCUGACUAGUAUCCUCAACAGAGGGAAAUUGUCGCCGCAGCAUAUGCGAGAGGCCAUGCUGAUCCUGGGAAAGCUGCAUUACGUGGAGGGGUACUACAGGGAUGCAGUCAGCAUGUAUGCCCGGGCUGGCAUUGACAACAUGUCUGUGGAGAACAGGCCUUUGUACCAUAUGCGGCUGGUGACCGAGGCGUUUGUGAUUAAAGGCCUCUCCCUGGAACGCUUGCCCAACUCCAUCGCCUGCCGAGCCCGACUCAGUGAGAGGGAAGAAGAAGCCAUCUCCUGUUUUGAAAGGGCGUCCUGGAUUGCGCAGGUGUUUCUACAAGAGCUGGAAAAGACCACAAAUAAUAUCCAUCAAAGGGGCCUGAAAAGCAACAGCCCAACUCUGCCUGAAUUUGAACUGACAUACUUCCUGGAAGCUGCCCUGCAGAGUGCCUAUGUGGCCAACUUACGGAAAGGGAACAUCGUGAAGGGCAUGAGCGAGCUGCGGGAAGUCCUGCGGAUUGUGGAGACUAGAGCAACCCAGAACUUAAAAGUGACAGCCGCGAAGCAGCUGGCCGGAAUACUCCUCCACUCUCUGAGCGAGGACUGCUACUGGGGGCCCCUGUCGCAUCCUCUGCCUGAGUUUAUGGGCAAGGAGCAGAACUCCUUCAUCACCCAGCCUCUUAGGAAGCCCGACCUCUACGCUGGAGACAAUCUCUACUGCCCAAAUGACAACAUCGAGGAGGCUCUGCUGGUUCUUCUCAUCAGUGAGUCCAUGGCCACCCGGGAAGUGGUUCUGAGCCGUUCCCCAGAACAGAAGGAGGACCGAGUGAUCAGCCUCCAGGACGCCUCCACGGUCUACGACCUCCUGAGCAUCACGCUGGGCAGACGGGGGCAGUAUGUGAUGCUCUCUGAGUGCCUGGAGCGAGCCAUCAAGUUUGCCUGUGAAGAAUUCCACCUCUGGUACCAGCUGGCCCUCUCCAUGGUGGCUUGUGGGAAGUCGGCGUAUGCUGUGUCGGUGCUAAAGGAGUGCUCGAAGCUUCGUCCCAGUGACCCCACUGUGCCCCUCUUGGCUGCCAAGGUCUGCAUCGGGCCCCUGCACUGGCUGGAAGAGGCAGAGCAGUUUGCCAUGAUGGUCAUCAACCUACAGGACAAAGCUGGGGAGUUCCUCCCCAAAGGGUAUCUGGCGCUGGGUCUCACCUAUAGCCUCCAGGCAACAGACGCAACACUGAAAUCCACACAAGACGAAUUGAACAAGAAAGCUCUUGAGACACUAGAGAGAGCUGAGAGCCUGUCCCCCAAUGACCAUCAGAUCAUUCUCUAUGUCUCCCUGCAGCUGGCCCUUGUCAGACAGGUCUCUGAUGCCAUAGAGCAUCUACAAGAGGCUCUGAAGAUACACAAGGAUGACGUUCACUGCCUACACCUCCUGGCGCUCCUCUUCUCAGCCCAGAAGCACUACCAGCAUGCCCUGGACAUCAUCAACAUGGCAGUCACUGAGCACCCAGAAAACUUCAACCUGAUGUUCACUAAGGCGAAGCUAGAACGCGUCUAUAAAGGCCCAGAGGAGGCUCUCGUGACCUGCAGAAACAUGCUGCGCAUAUGGCAGUCCUUGCACACUACCUCUCUGCUCGGGGGCUCUGAAAAGGAUGGCAGCCUCACUGAGAUGCCCAUGCUGAAGAAGCCAACUGGAAUGCACUUGACUCUGCCUGAUAAUUAUGAGGAGGAAUCAGGCUCUCACGCUGCCUCCUCCAUCGCAGCGUCCCGACUGGAGGAGGCCAUGUCUGAACUAACAGUGCCCAACUCGGCCAUGAAGCAGGGACCCCUGCAGAUGUGGACCACGCUGGAGAGGAUCUGGCUCCAGGCAGCUGAACUUUUCAUGGAGCAGCAGCACCUCAAAGAAGCAGGCUUCUGCAUCCAGGAGGCGGCGGGCCUCUUCCCCACCUCCCACACCGUGCUCUACAUGCGGGGGAGGCUGGAAGAGAUGAAAGGCAACUUGGAGGAGGCAAAACAGCUCUACGAUGAAGCCCUGACCAUCAACCCCAACGGGCUGAAAAUCAUGCACAGCUUGGGUCUCAUGCUCAACAGACUGGGUCGACAGGACCUGGCCCAGAAGGUGCUGAGAGAUGCCAUCCAGAUCCAGAGCACCAGUCACGAGGCCUGGAAGAGCCUCGGCGAAGUCCUGCAGGCCCAGGGCCACAAUGAAGCCGCUGUGGACUGUUUCCUCACCGCCCUGGACCUGGAGGCCAGCAGUCCGGUGGUGCCCUUCACCGUCAUCCCCCGGGAGCUCUAACAGACUCCCUGCGAGCUGAGCCCGGGUCAGGGCAGCUGAGAGCCGGAGCCCUGGCUGCAGGGGCAAGGAGAACACGGCCUUAGGGAACGUCCCUCCCCCUGUCUCCCCUUGGCUGCAAGGGCUGCUCACUGAGAGCUAAGCUGGAAAUAUUUGCAUCCAAAGCAGAUUCCUUGCACCUUUGGACUCCGAGGCAGAGUUUAGAUUGAGGCUGCCAUUGUGGGAGAGAAGGACUGGAGCUCCCAGUCUGAAUGGUUGAAAGAGAGGGCAAGGGGAGUCUGUAUUCAGUGUGUGCGUGCUGGGGGGGUGCGCUCUGUGUGACUGUACUGAGUGUGUGUCCAUGGAGGACAGCCCUAGGCGCCAUCUUCCCCCUUUCUUCCCACCCCCAGGAAUCCAUUCCAAACAGUCACGGAGCCUUGAUUUAACUCAGGAGCAAAAGCGGUCUUUAGUUCCAAAGCUUAGCUUUCUCCCUUUUCUAGAUUGGGAGAAGACCAAAGACAUCCCCGAAAACCCCUUUGGUUGUAAGGGAAGGUGAUUUCUACUUUUCCUGCCUGCGAGAGCCGAGCCCCACUUCUCCCCAGCCCCUCAUUUGCCCCAGAAGAGCAGGGUUUGGACCUUGCAGUCCGUGCGGGUCCGUGUAGGUCAGGCGCUCUCCCGGCAGCGAGAGCAUCAGAAGUGUUCUCUUUUCUAAGUGCUGGGUUUAAGUUGUUUUGUCCUGUUUCCCCCCAUGUUCGUCUUGGGGUCCAAGAGGUGUUUACACUCUCCUGCCAUGCUCAGGGGCCACGGUGGAUGAUUUUUCCCCCCAAUACCCUAUAAUGAAACUAGGCUCUCAGGUCUUUUUCAGGGCCAGGUUCCUGCCAUAUUGCCUCUGCAAUGAAUCUCUGCCCUUCAGUGCAAACAGCAAGAGAAUUAGACGUUGGAACCCUUCAGGUCUUGGAACUGCUCAGGGCACUUCUUCCUUCUGUCCCAUUAAGAUUAAGGUAGAUGAAAGGGACAGUGUUCCAUUUUUCCUCCUCCCAUUCACAAGAGAUAUUCUUGGGGAGUCUUCAGCUGCACAAUCCUAUUUUGGAAACCCGGUCUUAAUACAUGUUGCAGAUGCACUUCUCCGAGGGCCCGACAGAAGUACCAUCUGUCCGUCUGCUCAGAUAGGAUGGCUUCUCCCGAGAAAGCUUCCUCAGUCCCAAUCGUCCCCUUGCCCCUCCAGGCAGGGUUGUGAGGCCUACAGAGGAGGCUGGGCCCACCACACAGAUCCCAUAGCAGGGCUGGCCUUUAUCAAGCUAAGGAUUGCAUCGGGGCAGGUCGGGAAGUCAGGGUGAGAAGGCGGGAGCAGGACUUUGGGCCUUUCCCCAACCUCACCCACCUGCAGUCUGGCCCUACACGCCCCACUUCUCCCUGCCUCCAGGCCUGGGCUCACCCCUCUCUCUUCCUUUAGAAGACAACUUUUCCAAGCAGCCCAAGUCCCAUCCUGGAGAGCCAGGCAUUUUUCAUGUAAUCCCCUGCCCACGGCCCAGGUUGGUAUGGAUAGAGCCAUUCUGGGGUGCCCAAAAAGACCUUGGCCACUCCCCCCCACAAGACGGGGUGCUCCCUAAGCCACGACGUCCCCAGAUUGCAGCUCCAUGAGCUUUUUCUGGGGGCUGUGCCUUAAUGUCCAGAGAAGAGCCCCUCAGUUAUCCUAAGCCAGUUGUAAGGGGAAGGUUAAUGGAGGGGAGGGGGAAGACACUAUUGGCCACCUUCCCAGCAAAGCCAGCCCAGGAAGGCUUCAGGCCCAGAGAUCUGCAGGCUACUCUGGCCCAAGGCUGUCCUCCCCUUGAGUAUCCCUGCUGACAGGAGGCCUCCACACAGCCAGCAGGACCACUGUUUCCCUGACUGAGAAUUCUCAUAAAGUUCAUUUCCUAUAGGUACUAGAUGUGGAGGAAGAGGGAAUUUUUAAAAAAUUUGAAAUACAAUUCCUCUCCUUUUUAAUGGAAACCAUAGGGAGCCUUGAGUUUUUCCAGCCCAUCCUUCCCUACCCACCUCCUCUCCUCCAAGUAACAGAAGCAGAAAUGUUCUGGGAUGAGUCUUUCUAGCGGUAUGGGUGAUCUCUGAGCAAUAAACCCCAUCAGAGGCCUUGCCAUUUUUCCUGCCCAGGACAUACUGGGACACUUCAAAGGGGAAAAAGUUACCAAUCUUCUAGCCUUUCCUGCAUGGGAUCCUCCCCCAUUCUGUCCAGAGGUAAGACUCGAGAGCCCCCUCGGGGCAGGUCGUAAUUUUGACUUUCAUGUUGGCCUGGUUAAAAACUCCCUGUCACUCCCCUAUAUACAGACAUAGGUACAUGUAUACAUAUAUGUGUGUGUAUAUAUAUAUGAGAUAGAGAUCUAUUUUUGUUCUUGAAAUUGUUUAAAAAAAAAGGAAAAAAUGUACUACUGAUUUAGCUUGGGUUUUUCAAAGAGAUGCUCAUAAUUGUAUGACGGUAUUAAAGAGAAAAGCACCAAAA